AUGGAUCAGCCAACGAACACGCAGACCCCGCACCAACACGAACCCAUCAGCUUCGGGAUUGAUCAGAUUUUAAACAGUUCCGACCAGGAGACCCCUUCCCAACCCGCCCCGCGAGGAUCAGACGUCGGCGGCGGCAGCGCGAAUUACCUGGGCAGCCCCGUGGGCAGCCGGACGGGCGCCCCGUACCCUUCUCUCCCAGGCGCCUUCCCUGGUAUCGGGGCGCCCUUCGAGGACUCUGGAUCUUACAGUGUGAAUCUCAGCUUGGCUCCAUCUGGCGUGAUCAGGGUGCCAGCUCAUAGACCCAUCCCUGGGGCAGUGCCACCUCCCAUUUCUAGUGCCAUACCAGCCAUGCCAGCUGUACCCAGCCUUGGCAGCCUCAACUUCCCUUGGAUGGAGAGCAGCAGGCGGUUCGUCAAGGACAGAUUCACAGCGGCGGCGGCGCUCACUCCUUUCACAGUGACGCGGCGGAUCGGGCACCCUUACCAGAACCGCACCCCGCCCAAGCGCAAGAAGCCGCGCACGUCCUUCUCCCGGGUGCAGAUCUGCGAGCUGGAGAAGCGCUUCCACCGGCAGAAGUACCUGGCCUCGGCCGAGAGGGCGGCGCUCGCCAAGUCGCUCAAGAUGACGGACGCACAAGUCAAGACCUGGUUCCAGAACCGCAGGACCAAGUGGCGGAGACAGACGGCGGAGGAGAGGGAAGCCGAGAGGCAACAGGCCAGCCGGCUGAUGCUGCAGCUGCAACACGACGCCUUCCAGAAGUCCCUGAAUGACUCCAUCCAGCCCGACCCGCUCUGCCUGCACAACUCCUCGCUCUUCGCGCUGCAGAACCUCCAACCCUGGGAAGAGGAAGGCUCCAAGAUCCCACCCGUCACCUCCCUGGUGUAAAAGGAUCAUGGCCCGGGCCGGCGGGCGGGCCUCGGAAAGGCAGACACCCUCCUCCACCUCUCCCUGCAUGAACCGAAGGCCGAAACUCAGCAAAGAAGGUGCUCCGACCAAAAAACACAACCGCAAAAAGGACCGAGGACGGGAAGCGGUCAGAGUACGCGUGCGCGCUGGCCGCGGGGAGAGGUAAUCCCACUCCUGACACCACUGUUGCUGCCGCCGCUGGCGAUGGACCCUCGCGGAGGCCCUCUGUAUCCCUGGAGGGGACUGCAUGGAUUAUUGUAUGAGGAAUGCUCUCUCCAGCCAUAUUCCUACCCCUCCACCCUGCGCACCGCCGCUGCCACCAAGCAAGAACUACUUGGAUGGUUCUUGCCAGUUCUACGCUCCUUCCAACCUUGGAGGUUCCCCCAAGCCUCUCUCGGCGGCCCAGAAGCGAGAGAGAAGAUCUCUCGCCUCCCCCAGCGAAAGGCAAGAACCCCACCGUAUAUCUGAAUUUUCCAAGGGCCAUUGACAAGCAAACAAGCAAGCAAGCAAGCGAACGAACGAACGAACAACAAAACAAACAAGAACUUUGCCUCGGUGUGUGUGUGUGUGAGUGAGCGAGAAACUCUUGGCUACUGCGCCAGGAAAACCAGGGCGCCCCCUCCUGCAUUGCCCCCCCCGGCAGGGCUAGAUUCCCGCUUCCCUACUCACCCGCAAGUGUCGAUGGUGGGGGGGGGGGGAGUGCCGUCUUUCUGGGAAAGGUCUUGCCGGGUGCCUUCCGUUGCCCAGGCCUCCCAGUUCCUAAUGGUUGGUUAAUGGGGGCCGUCGAGACGAAACAGCCCCGACAGACAUCGCAGGGAUCGGGCGUCUCCCAGCGGUGCCCCCGAGACAGGAGAAGGUGCGGGGGCGGAAAGGAGGAAAGGGGGUCAUUUCUGUGUGUGUCUGUAAAAAAAAGAAAAUGUGAAUAAUUUAAUUUAUUUAUGCCUCGAGAUGCCGAGCACUGUUAAUAUGCAGAGAGAGGACAUUGAUAUUUCUAUGGAAAGCGGAACAAAUAUUUUAGGUUGGCUCGAGGAGGAGAAUAUAAGAGGGGGCGCGCUUUUCUCCUUCCUCCGGCUCUUACCUUGGAAGGCCGGCCCUCCCACCCCGAAAACCACUUAGCAAAGGAAAAUAAAUCCAUUAUCUUAAGGAACCCUGUUAAGCUGAGAAGCCGCCCGCCCCCAGCUGUCUCCCAGGCGAAGCUAACGCCACCCGUAAUUUAUUCGCCACGGUAAUAAGGGCUCCCCUUUCACGCCACGCAGAUUUUCGGUUGCCUUUAUUAUGAUUAUUUUUCGCCCCAGCCUCCCCUUUCUGGCAGGAUACGAAGAUGGAGCGAGGCUGGUUGGAGCGGGGUGGUGGUGGUUGGAGGAGGGGGGCAAAACAGAAAAGAAAGCUGCCUCCCUCCCCAUGUCCCCCCCCAAAAAAACCCCAUUGCGCAGCCGAUGCCCUUUGCCCGCGACUGAAGUGGAGAGAAAGCGCCUUAUGUUUCAUAAUAAAACUACGAAGGAAGAAUGGAGGUUGAUCCAGACCGUGUAUAAUACUUUGUACUUGCUGAAAGGUGUAAA